AUGUCCCUAUAUGCCACCCCGACAGACUCACUGCCAUUCGUCUCGGUAAGCGGUGUCCCUAACUUUCGCGACAUCGGAGGCUAUACAUGUUAUCCCUCAACUACAUCAUCUCCGACCCAAACCGUCGAUGAAACUCAAGUCGGAGGGUGGCGCAUUCGGCCAGGCGUCCUCUUCCGUGCCGCACAGCCCUCCCAGAUUACCCCAACAGGGAUCGAAAAACUGACAAAGACACUCCAUAUCCAAACCAUCUUCGACUUUCGCUCAAAGGGGGAAAUCCAGCUUGUGAAUACACGCUAUCCUGACUCUUUCCUCGAUAUCCCAGGGACGACGCGCCACGCAGUACCAGUAUUCCAGGAUGGAGACUACUCCCCCGUUUCACUGGCAAAGCGGUACGGAGUAACCUCUGAUGGAGUGACGCAGGGCCAGGCUGCCGAGCGUAGUUUCAUCAAAGCCUACGAGGUCAUUAUGCGCAAUGCAGCGCAAACGGGUAGUUUUCGCGCUAUCAUGCUACAUAUCUUGCAGAAUCAGGACACACCGAUCCUGUUUCACUGCACACUGGGAAAAGAUCGCACUGGGGUAUUUGCCGCACUGGUCCUUAAGCUGUGUGGAGUGGCGGACGAAGAUAUCGUGGCUGAUUAUGCGCUGACGACACAUGGGCUAGGCACGUGGCGGGACCAUUUGAUUCAGCGGCUCUUGCAGAGAUGUGAAGCUUCUAGUCGGGAGCAGGCGGAAACUAUCAUAGGAAGUCAUCCGGACGACAUGCGCGCAUUCUUGACUGAAAUUGUAGCAGCCAAGUUUGGAGGAGCGCGGAGAUACUUUGUUGACUUCUGCUUGCUGCGGGAGGAUGAAAUAGAUGGGAUCAUUGCCACGCUUGUCGUUCGAAAAGUAACCGGAGAAAUGAUGAAAGAAUAA